AUGAAGUCUGUUUCGUACGUGAUAGAUCCUGAUGGCGACAUCGAACUCGUGCUCAAUGAGCCAAAUGUCCAGAAUAUCAUCCCAGAAAGAGUCUUGUGUGGAGAUGGAGAGGCCGCCAACGACUCACCCACCACGGACUUCAACAACUCAGUACUCCAAGGACGAUACACAGUCUUUGAUAACUUUGAUACUCCUACAUUUGUCGAUGACUACGGCGAUUUGGAUUUCGUAGAAGAGACUCCCGACGUAGUGCGGAUAAGAGUUUCUUCAAAGCACCUGACAUUUGCCUCGAAAAUUUUCAGCGCUAUGCUUCAAGGCCCAUGGUCUGAGGCCUCAUCAUUUCCUUCUCGGGGCAGCCCUCGCCAAGUUGCGACCUCUGACUGGGACGCUAAGGCCCUCGCCAUCGUGCUUGAUGCGAUACACGGGCGUUUUCGACAGAUCCCCAAGUAUAUCAACCUCGUCCUUCUGGCUCGUAUCGCAACCAUCGUCGACUACUAUCAAUGCUACGAGAGUAUGGAGCUCAUCAGUACCUUGUGGCUCUCUCAACAGUCUGUUACACAAGAAAACUCCGAUUUGUACACCGAAAGCUCGUUACUGCGGCUUUAUGUCGCGUGGGUCUUUGAGAGCGAUGUUCUUUUCACUGCCGUGGCCCGUAGGGUCUUGAGGUACAGCAAAGGACUUUCAGAGUUCGAUUUGAAGGAACUUCCCGUUGGUGGGGUUUUCGAUGUCCUGAAUGACAAAAGAACGGAGCUUAUCAGGAGGGUCCUGGAAGGUCUCGAUAUCCUUCAAGAAACGCUCCGCACUGAGGAGGAAUGUCCCGGGUUGGGUUUAUCUGACUGCUCAUCCAUGUUGCUUGGGACUUUGAUGCGAGAGAGAUUCAGAUGGGAUGAUGAACUUACGCCCCUCGAGCCUCCUUACGACGGAUACAGCGUUGUCACGAUGCGAGCCUUGGUCGACGGGUUUCCCCGACCUAAACCAUUACAGCCAAACUACGAUAACUCUGGGCGCAGCAGCUCUGGAGAGCUCGACGUAUAUCAUCGACGGUGCAUGUGUACCAUACAGGGGCGGAUUCAAAAACUGAUGAAGGGGAUCAACAACGAUAUCAAGGGGUUCCGCCCUUCGCGCAUUCAGGGCUGGGGGCUGCGUCAGAAGGAGAAUGACUAA